AUUAUAUUUAAUUACUCUUUAAGGAAAAUAAAUGAUGGGAUUGAGGGGUUUUAUAGCAAUUGCAUGUUUGUUAUUUCUCUUGUCAAUAAUAGUAGCAAAUGGCGGCUCUGAACGAGGGUGGAAUGAUGCUCAUGCCACUUUUUAUGGUGGUGGUGAUGCUUCUGGAACCAUGGGUGGGGCGUGUGGGUAUGGUAAUUUGUACAGCCAAGGGUACGGUACAAACACAGCAGCACUGAGUACAACACUAUUCAACAAUGGGCAGAGCUGUGGAGCUUGCUUUGAGCUAAAAUGUGUGAAUGAUGAAAGGUGGUGCCUCCAAAGCUCAAUUGUGGUAACUGCAACUAAUUUCUGCCCUCCAAACAACGCCUUACCGAACAACGACGGCGGGUGGUGCAACCCGCCCAACCAACACUUUGACCUCUCUCAGCCCGUUUUCCAACAAAUCGCCAAACAAGAAGCCGGGAUUGUGCCGAUUCUUUAUCGAAGGGUACCGUGCCAAAAGAAGGGUGGCAUUCGGUUCACGGUAAAUGGUCACUCCUAUUUCAAUCUCGUCUUAAUUACCAACGUCGGAGGCGCCGGUGAUGUACAAUCGGUCUCGAUAAAAGGUUCAAGGACAAAUUGGGAACCAAUGUCUCGUAAUUGGGGGCAAAAUUGGCAGAGCAACUCUAAUCUUGACGGUCAAAGCCUCUCGUUCAAGGUCACCACCAGCGACGGCCGCACGGUGGAGUGCAGUGAUGUCAUCCCCGACGGUUGGUCGUUCGGACAAACCUUCAUCGGAGGACAAUUCACUUAGAAUAAUCUAUUUUCGAUAUUAAUAUAGGAAAUUGCACGUACGUGUUUUUUUGAACGCUACGUGAAAUAAAUUAGGGUUGAGAAUUGGAAGAGCUUUAUUAUUACAUAAGCUCGAACCAAUUUGGGUGUUUUUCAUAAUGUUGAUGAAGUGUUUUAUGUCUUGGUCUUUCUUUUAAUGUAAGAUUUAAGACAGAUAUUUUGGCAGUGAUUUAGGUUCGGGUGAAUUCCAUUUUUUCCUCUUGUACUUUGUCUCGAUAUCACUUUAUCCCUUUCUA